UUUGCACUAUUCAGUGUAUCCGUUUAGUAGAAGAAGAAAAGAGAUCUAGUAAAUAUGAGAGGAGGACUAAGGCCACGAACACCCAAACUUGCUCAAGGUUUCUACGAAAUUGAAGAUGUGAGAAAGAAAAGGGUUCGCAAGGGGCAUACUGAAUAUCUCGUAAAAUGGCGUGAUUGGCCUGAGAGAUCAAAUACAUGGGAACCUGUUGAGAAUCUACAUGAAUAUGUUGAUGAAUUUGAAGAAAGCUUACUUUUGAGAAAGCAAAAGAGGAAGCGGAAGGGUAGAAUCGCAAGUAAAUCAUCUCAUAGAGAGGGAAAUGAAGGGAAUGAGACGAAUGAAUUAGGUCAUGAGGCACUGAACGAUGAGGAUGUGGGUACAAUUAUUACCCUGCAAACUCGUGAGAAUGAGAGUGUUUCUUCCAAACUCACUGAGCUCAGAGAGAGAACCUCCACAGACAACUUAAACUCUGAGAAUGGGAAGAAGAAGGUUUCUGAUAACAUGUUAGAAGGUCAUAUUCCAGAAGUAGAUUUUGAUGAAAGUACUGCUCACAGUAAUCGUUUGACAGGAGCUAAAAGGAGGAAAUCUGGAAAUGCCAGGAGGUUUCAGAAGGAAUCAACUGUAUUAGACGAUGAUCAAAAUGGAGAAAAGGAAAGGUUGUCUAAUUACCCACAUUCUAUAACCAAGAUCAUCAAAGCAAUCGGUUAUUCAGUUUCAAUAAAAGACGGUGUACAAGAUGAUGUGCGUGUCACGUUUCUGGCAGUAAGGCGUGGGAAAGAAAGCGAUAUGAAUGACAUCGGUGCUGGCAAUACUCCAUAUGUUCCUCCACCGUCAGCAGCGUUUGAGCAAGCCAAAGACAUUGCCCUGAAUUUGAAUACCGGUGAACUUCAACGUCUGAGGGACAAGAUUCAGGAUGAAAUUGAUCGUCGAACUCGAGAAAUGAUCCGUCAAAGAGAAGAGGAAGAGCAGAGAAGUCAGAGGGAGGAGGAAGAGUAUGAGUGUACAUUUUCCGCAUGGAAGCCGAAAUUUCUUUCAUACAACCAUAGGAAAAAGGAGAAUGGAUAG